CAGGACGUCUCCGAUGGGUCUAGGCUUCAGAGUGGGGCGGUUUUGUACAGACGCCCGCCGCACAGGGGGUCUAAGCUCGCUCCGGCCCAGUCUGCCGAUUCGACACCUCCCGCAAGCCUGCAACCCAGAUUCUGUACUUUCCUACUCCACCUCUCAACUUUACAUCAACAUCAUCCAAACCACCACCGCUUCAGCCAACGUCUUAUCCUUUUCGAUUUCACUCAUAACAGGGCCCGGAACGUUGCUUUGAUUCCCAUUUCUUCGCUUGGUCAACUUUUCGGCAAUCUAUCUUUGCUUGUGUGCCAAGACAGUAUAAGCAACAUACGAACACUGCGAACAAAGGCACCUUGCACUGCUUGCCUCGAGUCAGUGCGUCUUGCACUCCCGCAACGAAACACAUCUCAUUGCCGACUGCUUUUUAUUAAACCCCGCAUUGGGCAUCAGCAAACAUGGAGGAACCCCAGGAGCCGAUAGAGCAUGCCAUCGCCACAGCUCCCUAUAGCCACAGGCCCCCCAGUCCUCCCUAUAUACCCAUUCCCAUGACAUUUGCUAAAGGCGACGCUACUUGCGCCUUUACCCCCUCAUUCAACAAUGUCGAUGCCAUGCGCCUUACGAGCGAGGAUCUCAGGAUCAUAACUCGAAACAAGACGCAGACUGCCACAGACAGGUCAGUUGGCUGGAACUACGAGGCUCGACGAAAGGCACAGACGCUCCUGGACUUCCUAUAUCUCGGUCCGUUAUCUGUUGCUCGCGACGAAGCUUGGCUUGCCAAGGAGGGAAUCACCAUGGUCAUUGUUACACGACAUGCCAGGGUGGCUCAAGCUCGACUGAUGAGUGUCGACAAGGUAGCGCAGAAACUCGGCAUACAAGUCGAAUAUUUGGACGUCUUGGACAACUCUGAAUUGAUCCGUGGCUUCCCAGAGGUGGUGAGGAAAAUCAACGGGCAUUUGAUCGACGUGUAUCGCAACCAAGUUGUGGGUGCACAGGAAGGUCGGAUGGCAGUCGAUGAUGAAAGUUUCAGGAGUGGCAAGAUUCUCCUCGUUUGCGAAACAGGCAACGACCGGUCAGCUUUCGUCGCUGCAGCUUACAUCAUGACCAUGUACGGAAAGGACAUGAUCUCUUCCGUGCAAUUUGUCUCCAUGCAACGAUUCUCCGCCAACUUCGACGAGGAUGGGAAGAGGAUGCUACAAGCAUACGAAGACAUCCUCAAUGCCCAAAGAAGUGUCUCUAGUGUGACCAGAGAUGUUCCUCGAGCCGGCCAGUCGCAAGAACACCCCGGUGGAGGCGGCAAGCGCGGUAUCGAAACGACCCUUGACGACGAGGACAGGCAGGGCGGAGGAUAUGAGACAUUCGCCGCGGAUCGUGAGCGGUACCAGGACAGGGGCAGAUUUGCCCCGUUUCGUGAUCGGGAUACAGUCGCCUAGGGACGACUCUAGUCGAUUGCAGAGACCUGGAGCCGAAGAGAUUUGUAGCGGAGGCAUUGCAUCAAUGAUUUUGGCGUCAGCAGGAAGAACGCCUUCAGCCGUCAUUAGGAGCAGACUCAUUAUGGGGAAUUAGAACUUUGCUUUGGGAACAUGGAUAGGCGUCAAAGGUGUCAGUCAGUAUACCCGUUUCAGUCGGCAACGACUUUCUCUUAGGGCAGUUUAGACCUGCUUUCACCUCUAUCAGAUUCCGGCAUUUACAAUGUCUCAAAUUGUGCCCAUUCUAAGAUGAUUAUUUGCGUAGAUAGACACGCCCA